AGCAGGGCGUGUGGGUAUGCGUGAGUAUGUGUGUGGUUGGUUGAGAAGAGACCGGGAAAUGGGUUGAAGACAAGGAGAGCGUGCGAGAGAGUGUGUUCAGUUUCCAGAGGACGUGUUUGAAGUUCAGAUGUGAUAAGUGUGUUGUGCUUCCUCUCCACAGUGCACAGGCAUCUGUGUGUGAGCGGACUGAGCUCAGUCAGACAGAACCACACAACCACGCAGGUUUUCUUGUGUGUAUAGUGCUAUUACAAUGAUGGGCAAACUACAUGUGAAGCCUUUGCUAUUCGCCAUUGCGCUGGUAACUGUGGCAGGUAUGACCAUCAUCGCUCUGAUCCUCUCUCUGGUUAAACAUCAGACUGUGGACCCGCCAUACUUAACGCAGUACGGUAUGGUCUUUGAUGCCGGUUCCACACACACCUCCCUCUUCCUCUACCAGUGGUCCGGGAAUAAGGAAAACAACACUGGAGUGGUUUCUCAGAAACUGACUUGCGAUGUGAAAGGUGAUGGUAUAUCCAGUUAUGUCACAAAUCCUCCUGGUGCUGGACAGAGCCUAAGAGAAUGCUUAGAUGUUGCUUUGGCUGCAGUACCAGACAGUCAGCGACGUACAACCCCUGUGUACCUGGGGGCAACAGCAGGCAUGCGGCUCCUAAGUUUACAAAACCAAACUCAAGCAGACAUAAUACUUGCAGAGGUGGCCAAGACUUUACAGAGUUAUCCCUUUGACUUUCGUGGGGCCAGAAUAAUCAGUGGCAUGGAGGAGGGAGCUUACGGUUGGAUCACCAUCAACUAUCUUUUGGAAGGUUUCAUUAAGUAUACAUUUGAUGGUAAAUGGAUUCACCCUAAAGCUGGGAGGAUUCUAGGAGCUAUGGAUUUGGGUGGCGCCUCCACUCAGAUUUCCUUCACACCCAAAGAUCCAGUUAAAGACCCAAAUUCUGCAAUUGACCUCCAGCUCUAUGGCUUCAGGUACGAGCUGUACACACACAGUUACCUCUGCUAUGGCAAAGACCAGGCCCUGAAGAGGAUCCAGGCGCACCUGCAGAAGACUACUGGCUCCUUAACUACGGUCAUCCACCCAUGCUAUCACAGUGGUUACAAUCUGACGGUGGCUCUGGGUGACCUUUACGACUCUCCUUGUGUCGACAAGCCAGUGCCUUUUGACCCCACAUUAAAGGUCACUUUCUUGGGGAGCGGUGAUUCUCAGCAGUGUUGGUCACUGAUGAACAGUUUGGUAAACCUGAGUAACUGUGCGCUUUUUCCAGACUGUGGCUUUAACGGGGUCUACCAGCCACCCGUCAGUGGAGAAUUUUUUGCUUUUUCUGCAUACUUCUACACCUUUGACUUCCUUGGUCUCGCUCCGAGGACCCCGUUGCCUCAGGUCCUUUCCACAGUUGACUCCUUCUGCAGCAAAUCCUGGGACACUCUUCUGUCACAAUAUCCAAAGGUGAAAGAGAAGUAUCUUCGGGAUUACUGUGCUUCAGCUCAGUAUAUUAUGACUAUUCUUCUCGAAGGAUAUAAGUUCAAUGCCACUUGGGACCAAAUCUACUUUGUGAAACAGGUGGCAGACAAUGACAUUGGCUGGACUCUGGGUUAUAUGCUGAACUUAACCAACCUGAUUCCCUCUGAACGCCCUCUAGUGGUAACAGGGGUACAACACAGUCAGUGGGCAGCAGAGAUCUUCUUCAUUGUCUUUGCACUAUUUCUCAGCCUACUUAUUCUAAUUGUCCUCUGCAUAUGGAGUCCAGACUCACAGACUUAAUGCACGUGAUUCUGUGCUUUAAUGUACAUUUUGGGUACAUGACACCAGAG